AUGGUGCGAACGUACAAAAGACAAUCGGGAAGGCAGCAGUGGUCCAAAACGGCCAUGGAAGCGGCCAUAGAUUCUGUCCGCCGGAGUGGAACGUCCAUCAAACGAGCAGCCAAGGACCAUGGAAUUCCAAGACCUACGCUGAUCCGCUAUCUGAAAACUGCAGAAGUACUGGGCCAGGAGGUUAUCACCCUGAACGAAAUCAGCCGGCUUUUCGAUUUGGCUUUCAUGAAGACUUCUAACGCGGCUCUUGGUGUCAACGGAUUCCGUAAGGCAGGAAUUUUUCCGCUGAACCGGUUUAUCUUCAACGAUAAUGAUUUUGCGCCGGCUGACGUAACGGACGUUCUUCCAGCAGACCCAGAAACCGAUCGUUCAAAAAAUGAACUUGGUGACGAAGCUCUUGAAUCCAACGCAGCCGAUACUGAAGCAGGACCUUCGCGAAUGCACAAUGAGGUAGGAGAUAUCAACGAUUCACUGUCAAACGAAAAGGAAAAUAUCGUUCCAAAAGGGAUUGUAAAAGUGGAUGCUAACAACAUGCUGACUCCGAAAGCUACUUUGGCGCCGUUGGAUUCGAAUGUUCCAGCCGGUUUGUCUGUCCGAAGCAUCUUCAAAGUGUCUGCUGCGGAAAUCCUACCGCUACCGAAAACAGUUACCAGAAAAGUUGGCGGUGGACGAAAGAGGGAAAAAGCUCAAAACAUAACGUCAAGCCCCAGCCGAAAUGAGUUGAAGUCAUCGCAGGCAUUGAAGGAUAUUGAUCAGCUAAAGAAGGUGAUCAAAGCUGAAACAAGACACAUUUCUAACAGUGAUGCCGAAACACCUAAACGCAAACGAGAACGUCCGCAAGGAAAGAGCAAUCAAACUAAAACGGUGCUUGCCCAAGAUACGCUCUGCGAAUAUUUCAAGCUAACAGCCGUAGUGCUGUUAUCGGCUGGCGUUCUAGCGGCCAAAGAAGCUCAACCGAAAUCAUCAUCAGCUCCGGCAUCGGCUUCUCACAAAACUCCAUCGAAGAUCCCACAUGGAAAACGUGAAGCUCCGGUCGGUUUCGGACACAUGGAAUAUUUACCACCUAGCUACAGCGGAUACAACUACGGUGUUGCACAGCCAUCAUUCAACGUACCACAGUAUCCGGGUCAAAAGUACUUUAUGGCCCCCUUCAAAUACCCUUCGCCACAACCGGCGUCAUUCUUCUCACCAGCUGCUCAACAUGGGUAUAACUCGUUUGCUGAUAAUUCAGUAAAAUACAGCAUCGGAUCGAAGGAACUUUCCGACCUACUCAAGGCACUGAACUCUCCUAGCCCUGCCAUCUCCAUCAAAGCCGUCCCAACGGGCCAUGGCUGGGAUACACCGUACAACUAUGAUUCAUUCAGUCAGUACAAACCAACGAUGUUUAAAGUUCACGAAGCUCCAACGCAUACCUACGGAACACCACAAGGUCCUCCAUUGAACUCAUACUACUCUCACGGCUACGGAGCUCCUCAGCAAUCUGCACCUGCAUAUGCCGCCGGAAUCAAAGGACUUGGACAUUACGCAUCCUCGAUUAACGCUGCGAUCCCUGAUUUAUACUCCGGAAACAAGUACAUCUCGUCCAUCAAACCUCUUGCCGUACAGAACCAGGCUCACGUCUUAUCUCCUCUGCACACUUCCAUCCACAAUCAGAAGCCAUUCAAGCCAUCAACCUACCUAGGCUCAACGAAUGAUAGCCCGGACUACUCCCACACUCAAGCACCCACAUCGACGUCGGUUCACAACAGCUAUCUCGCACCCAGCCUCCAGUACCUACCAUCAAAAGCUCAGAACAAGGUAAUCUACGAACAACCCUCCAAAACAUAUCUCCCGUCACUGCCGUCGAGUCCCAGCAGGGCAUACCUGCCACCGAAACCAUCCCACACUUACCUUCCAGCAGGUUCCAGCAGUCAAAACUACAUUCCGGUGAGUUCUCACGGUGACAGCACCCAACACCUGCAACAUCUGCACCAUCAACACAGCUCGGGUGAAUCCAAAGAAUCGUACGAAUACAGUGGAUCGGCCUCGGCACCCACCGAGUCUACUAUCAAAUCCCAUAACCACCCGUGGCAACCAUAAGAUCUGCGAGUUGAACAUUUAGGAUUAUCCAAAGACUUCUUUCUCGAUACAAUUUUUUAUUCGACCGAAACGAGCGCAGAUCAGCAGCAUUUAUACUAAGAAUGUACUGGAUAAGAUAUUUAUAAUUUAAGCAAAAACGGACUCAGACGAAGAGGUGGAAGGGUUGCUUCGUAGCACUAAGCUAAGAUAGAACCAAGGCCAUGCGGACGGAAGUUGGACUAAUGCCAUUUAUAACUUGUUGUACUAUAACCUCCUUAUGUAAAGUAAGAUUUGCAUUCGAAUCGUUCGAUUAGCGAUAUGAUAGAAGAAAACGAGAUUUGCAUAUAUCUAACAGAAUUAUGCAAGUAUAAUUCUAGUGUUAGGUCUUCUAAACUUAACGACU